GAGUGAUACACGGUUCUGUUUGGAAACACGGGGAAAAGUCUGCGUGGUGUGUAGGAAUGGACACUCAGAAGGACGUUCAACCCCCAAAGCAGCAGCCAAUGAUCUAUAUCUGUGGAGAAUGUCACACAGAAAAUGAAAUAAAAUCCAGGGAUCCAAUCAGAUGCAGAGAAUGUGGAUACAGAAUAAUGUACAAGAAAAGAACUAAAAGAUUGGUGGUUUUUGAUGCUCGAUGAAACAUGGGAAUUCAGAGGAGUGUCUUCCUUUGUAUCUGGAUUUGACCCUUGAAUGUUUCUCGUUAUUAUACAGCUUUUCAUUUAGCACACUUAUCUUAUGAAUACAACUGUAUACAUAUAAUUUCAUUUUCCAAGUCAAAUUGUGUUUAGGUAUCAGUAAUUUGUGUAAAGAUUGUGUAAAUUAAAUGACUUAAUUUAAUUUUAUUGUAUUAUGUGAUCAGACACAAAAUGAAAAAUUAAAAUUGCUUCCCCAAAUCACACUUUUAAUUAAACACUUUUAGAAAUGCAAGUUUCUAAAGUCCUGUAAAAUUCUGAUGAAAGAAGUUCCUUGGAAAC